ACACACAAAACUAGUUAGUAGAUCAAUUAAUUGUAGGAUUGGAUUUGCACAUUUGUUGACAAUAAGAAAAAUCUACAAUAUCACAUUUUGGAAGCAUGUCAUACAACUGUGAGACCUUAUAUUUAUUAUUGCACAGAUCACAGCUAUUCUGAGUAAAAAACUGCAUGUCUACAGGCAACUGGCAUAUUAAGACUGGAACAACAUUGUAGCAAUGAAGCAGGUUGCUGGAGGCGUGCCCCAGCUCCCGCCCACCACCAACACUGAAAUCCUUCAGACUUUUCACAUAUAACUCCUCUGUCCCCUGUAGCAGCUGGGACUUCCCGCACGUCUCCACUGUGUUUCCCAAACUCAAAGCCUGGCGUCAUGUUCUUCAAGUUCAUUUGUGCUGUGGUGACCAGGUCUCUCUUUAUCCUCAUCUCUCUAAUAGGGGUAUGGAGAGUGGUGUGGGUGAAAAACAAUGGAUUCUACUGGUUUCUCACUAUCCUCUACUUGCCUCUGGUGGCUGAGAUGAUCCUGACGCUGAGAAGAAGAGGGAAUGAUUACAAAUGGUUUUCUCCUGCUAUCUUUCUCUUCCUCAUCAGUAUUAUCCCAUCAUUAUGGAUUUUAGAGCUUCACCACCAGGAGAACAAAUCCACCAACUCAAGGUGUGAUAAACUCGACUCAACUGAAAAUAUUAGGAGUAUUUUCAAUUCCUGGAUGAACUCAACCAAUGGCAGUGAGUCACUCAAGAACAUCCCACUGUCAACAGUGUGUGCCAACGACUGGAUCCUUGCUUUACACCAGAUCCUGCUCAUCUUACUGAUCUUGGGGAAAUGGCUGCUGCCCGCUGCUGGGGAGCUGACCAGAAAUCAGCUCUCCCAGUUACUGCUGAUCUUUGUGGGCACAGCUGCUGACAUACUGGAGUUCACCUCUGAAACACUGUCUGACAUCAAGGAUAGCAGUCCAGCUAUGGUCUACAUAAUUCUGGGGGUGUGGACAUGGAGCAUGCUGCAGUUUCCACUGCAUCUCUCAGUAAUGCAUGCAUCUUCAGAUGACCUCUCCGAACCAGCUACCUCUCGCUUCUCUCACCUCAGGACUGAUAUCUGGAGCACAGUGGAAGCUUUGUUCAUCCAGGAUGGGCCUUUCCUUGUGGUUCGCCUCACUGUCAUGAUCUACUUCAACGUGGUGCACCAAAUGCUGAUCUUCUUCGCCAUUAAAAACUUCCUGGUUGUAAUUCUCAACAUUUAUCGGCUUUGUGUCCUUAUCUGUGACAGCAAGGCCUCCUGAGACUGGAUGUAAUCAGCAGAUUAUAGUAAUGCUGUUACAGUAUAUGGCCUUGUGAGUGCAUGUCAAGUUUCAAUGUACCCCCCCACCCCCAAACUUAAAACUACAUGUUUUAGAUCAUUUUCCAAUUUAUAUAGAUAAUGUACUGUAUAUCAGACCUAUGAUGUGGCAGUUGUAAAUAUAUCACCAUUGUAAAGUCAUUAAAACACUGACCUCAUGUGUUAA